AUCAUCUUCUGUGUCUUUCACUUAUCUUUUCACCACCUUACAUCUUACUAUGGCUGAACUUGCUGCUGUUAUCAACAAAGCUCAUAGCAAGAGGGCUACUUCUCCUUUUGAAGAUAGGAAGGCUAAGAAACCUAAGAAGGAUAAUAAGCCAGCUGCUAGAAAUGAUGCUGGUAUGGCACUGGAUGUUCCAAUUUCACCCAUGAUGCUCUACAGCAAAGGGACCUAUAUUGACAUUAAGUCAAAACCCUUUAAUACCAUCUACCUUAGUGCCCUUAUCUCUUAUCCUAGCUGUGAGAGUGUUGUACUGGCUCACUCCCUUGACCAGAACAAGAGUAUUGGGUUCCAGGAGAGAAAGAUGCAGUUCUCUCCUGAAUUAGUCUUGGUGCAAGGCUUUUGGCCUGUUCCAUUGGCUAGAGAAGGUAUCUUUGCCACCUGGGCUUGGCUACUUGAUAGUCCAGAUGACAUGACACAGCAAAAGGCUAUAGCUAUCCUGAGGCAUUGGAAAGAGGGUGAGGCUGUGAUGUAUCAGAUCCUGAAUGACUUAAAACAAUUCACAACUAUCUGGAUGGUCAGAGCAUCUGAGGACACAUUCAUUAAUGAGUGGAUGACUCUAGAAGAAACUCAGAUUAAGGUGGAUGGUGAAGAAAUCUUUUUGAAAAGAGUUAAGGUAUAUGUGUUUGCUCUGUCUUGGUGGCCCUGUAACCAAAUGUAUGCACCCACCAAGCAAGUGCAAUAG